CUCGACAGCUCGGGGAGAAGAGUAUUAAUCCUCUUCCUCCGUCGCCACUAGAACCGACCUCCGCACAUUUCUCACUCCUCCAGGCACAAGAUGCCUGAAUCACAUGACCAACCAAUGGAGGAGGAGGCUGAGACCUUUGCCUUCCAGGCUGAGAUCGCUCAGUUGAUGUCCCUGAUCAUCAACACUUUCUAUUCCAAUAAAGAAAUCUUCCUUAGGGAGCUCAUCUCCAACUCCUCAGAUGCUCUUGACAAAAUCCGCUAUGAGAGUCUCACUGACCCCACCAAGCUGGACAAUGGCAAGGACCUCAAGAUCGAAAUAAUCCCCAACAAAGAGGAACGCACCCUGACCCUGAUCGACACAGGCAUAGGUAUGACCAAGGCCGACCUGAUUAAUAAUCUUGGCACAAUCGCAAAAUCUGGAACAAAGGCCUUCAUGGAGGCUCUUCAGGCUGGAGCCGACAUCUCCAUGAUCGGCCAGUUUGGUGUGGGUUUCUACUCGGCCUUCCUGGUGGCCGAGAGGGUGACGGUCAUCACCAAGCAUAAUGAUGACGAGCAGUACGUCUGGGAAUCCUCUGCUGGCGGCUCAUUCACAGUGCUAGUGGACAACGCUGAACCAAUGCUUCGUGGCACUAAGGUGAUCCUGCACCUGAAAGAAGACCAGUUAGAAUACAUUGAGGAGAAAAGAGUCAAAGAGAUUGUGAAGAAGCAUUCCCAGUUCAUUGGCUACCCCAUCACACUUUUUGUGGAGAAAGAGCGAGACAAGGAAGUGAGUGACGACGAGGCAGAGGAGGAGGAGAAGGAGGAGAAGGAGAAAGAAAAGGAAAAGGACGAGGACGAGGACGAGGACAAGCCCGAGAUUGAGGACGUUGGGUCAGAUGAGGAGCAUGACCACGACAAGUCUUGCGACAAGAAGAAGAAGAAGAAGAAGAUCAAGGAGAAGUAUAUUGACCAGGAGGAGCUGAACAAGACCAAACCCCUGUGGACCCGAAACCCAGAUGACAUCACUAAUGAGGAGUACGGAGAGUUCUACAAGAGCCUUACCAAUGACUGGGAGGACCACCUGGCUGUCAAGCACUUCUCAGUAGAGGGUCAGCUGGAAUUCCGGGCCCUGCUCUUUGUGCCUCGCCGCGCCCCUUUCGACCUCUUUGAGAACAAGAAGAAAAAGAACAACAUUAAACUGUACGUGCGCAGGGUCUUCAUCAUGGACAACUGCGAGGAGCUCAUCCCUGAGUACCUCAAUUUCGUUAAGGGUGUGGUGGACUCCGAGGAUUUGCCCCUGAACAUCUCCAGAGAGACGCUGCAGCAGAGCAAGAUCCUAAAGGUCAUCCGCAAGAACCUGGUCAAGAAGUGCAUGGAACUUUUCACUGAACUGGCCGAGGACAAGGACAACUACAAAAAGUACUAUGAGCAGUUCUCCAAGAACAUCAAGCUUGGCAUCCACGAGGAUUCACAGAACAGGAAGAGGCUGUCUGAGCUGCUGCGCUACUACACCUCCGCCUCUGGAGACGAGAUGGUUUCUCUGAAGGACUACGUCACACGCAUGAAAGAUUCUCAGAAACACAUCUAUUACAUCACAGGUGAGACCAAAGACCAGGUGGCCAACUCCGCCUUUGUGGAGCGGCUGCGCAAAGCCGGCCUGGAGGUCAUCUACAUGAUCGAGCCCAUAGAUGAGUACUGUGUCCAGCAGCUGAAGGAGUUCGAGGGCAAGAACCUGGUGUCAGUGACCAAGGAGGGCCUGGAGCUGCCUGAGGAUGAUGACGAGAAGAAGAACCAGGAGGAGAAGAAGUCGCAGUUCGAGAACCUGUGCAAGAUCAUGAAGGACAUCUUGGAGAAGAAGGUGGAGAAGGUCACAGUCUCCAACCGACUGGUCUCCUCCCCCUGCUGCAUCGUCACAAGCACUUAUGGCUGGACAGCCAACAUGGAGAGGAUCAUGAAGGCCCAGGCCCUGAGAGAUAACUCCACCAUGGGCUACAUGGCUGCCAAAAAGCACCUUGAGAUCAACCCUGACCACCCCAUCGUGGAGACCCUGAGGCAGAAGGCAGAGGCUGAUAAGAACGAUAAGUCGGUGAAGGAUUUGGUCAUCCUGCUCUUCGAGACCGCCCUGCUCUCCUCAGGAUUCACUUUGGACGACCCGCAGACUCACUCCAAUCGCAUCUACAGGAUGAUCAAGCUGGGUCUCGGUAUUGAUGAAGAUGACCUGAUAUCAGAUGAGCCCACUGUUGCUCCCACCGAGGACAUGCCGCCUCUGGAAGGUGACGAUGAGGACACAUCCAGGAUGGAGGAGGUGGACUAAGUCUGCUUCUAUUGCCCGCUAUCGUUAAGAAGUAGUGUACUUUAAAAUAAAUUACAAGUUUAAUGUUGUAAAUGAGCUUGGAAAGUCCCCCUCCUCAAUCUCUUUUUGACCAAGUUCACUUCAUUUCCCCUCAAAUUACCAUAUGCAGUUGAGAGCCAUUCCCUUUAGAACUUAAUUUUCUAAGUUGUCAGUUUUUGUAUCUUAAGUUUUAUCGAUGCGUUUCUUUUUUUUUUGUAUUUAUUGACAUUCCAAUGUUCUUUGUGUGUUCUUUCAUUAAUUGUAAAUAAUGCAAAUUGAUACGGUUCUUUGCAAAAGUGGGACCCAUAAAUAAAAGUUUAUCAUGUUAACAA